AUGGCUAAUACUUCCGACGAAAUGCGACAAUACCGCGAGGCAUUUUCUUUGUUCGACAAAGAUCAUGAUGAUAUCAUAGCACCUCAAGAAUUAGGUGUUGUUCUUCGUUCAUGUGGUUUAUCGCCAUCGGAAGCUGAUUUACAAAAGAUUCAGCAACAAGUCGGCCGGAAAAUUGAUUUCAACACUUUCGUUCGUGUUGCUCAGGAUUUCAGAGCAAAUCAUCGAGAAACAGAAGAUGAUAUUCGUGAAGCAUUUCGAGUGUUUGACAAAGAUGGAACUGGUUAUGUUAGUGUAUCGGAACUGAAACACGCGAUGAUCUCAUUAGGUGAACGACUUUCGGAAGAAGAAGUUGACGAAUUGAUUCGCGAAGCAGAUAUCGAUGCUGACGGCCGAUGUAACUGUGAAGAUCUCGUUCGAAUUUUGACCAAUAAACAACGUUGA